AUCCGGCGGUUGUUGAGGAGGAGAUUGCUAUCCACCUCUCUACCGGACAAGGAGAGUGAUGAGAAGGCUCCCUCGCCUCCCUGCUCUGAUCAAGAACUCUGUGAUCCUGACACCCUUGUGCCCAUUGAUGAUACUGUUAAUGAAAUAUCAAUUUCAGUGCCAAAUCUGGCGGAUCGGAAUAUGAAUAUAAUACGACCUAUUAUAGAAUAUAACAGGUCUAUAUCGGAGAACGAGGGUGUAGAGCAGCGUGCCAAAGAAGAACGAGCGCUAAAGGUGAAAAACGAACGCAGGAUGAGUAAUCGUCAGAAAUUAUUAGCCAUGAAACGGUACAGCGGAUACUUGAAACGUCCUGAGAUCUUGGAAACAGUCUAUAGUGUAGAGGAGGACUGUACAGAAGCUGGUAAACCUGGAGAGGUAUCCGCAGAAAACUCUCAGGAGCAAGAGGCAGAGCCUGAACAAGAGCAGGAGCAAGAACAAGAGCAGAAAGAGGAAACAAGAGGAGGAUUGAGGAAGUUUAGAAUUGACAGUGAUAUUACAGACUAUGAUUACUCAACAGACAGUGAAUCCUUACGAUUCUUUUUCUCUGAAACCGAUCCUUCAGGUUGUAAUACAGGGUGUAAUACGUCUGAGCUGUGUUCCCGAAGGAGUAGCUGUGGAUCCCAACCCAACCUACUGGAUGUAGGCAAGGAUGGAACUGAGGAUUCAAGUAAAUCGAGAUCAAUGGAAGACCUGCGUGGAAAGCUAAAACAGCAGCCCCACCCUCUGCCGGAGAUGAAAGCGAUUGACCGGCGCCGGCGCAUGUUCCAACAACAUACCAGCGUGUCAUUAGACUGUAAUGACAAGUAAACAUGACAUGCCUUACAGAGAAGCAUAAUUUGUUUCCCUAUGCCAAUGACAUGCUGAUGCACUAAUUGACAUGCUAAUCUACUAAUUGACAUGCUAAUGAUGAAUAACGAAAAUACUGGUUAACAAUUUUGUAUUCUUAAUUUGUUCCAAAUGUUACCCUUCCCGUUCGGGAUUUAAUUUCUUUACAUCCCUUUAUUUUAGUUGAUUUUCCAUACAUCACCAAAGUUAAACUUAAAACCUUGAGUUCAAAAGUUUGAGUUCAUUAGAUGUGGCUAAGCUACUAAAAGUUUAGUUUCAAUUAAGUGACAUGUAUUGUUUUUCAACUUUAAAGGGACUAUAGGCGUAAUUUCAAGUGACUCUCCAUACAAAAAAACAACGGUAUCUUCCACUUUUUUGAUCAGAUAAAAGUUGAAAGGGUACCUUUGUAAAUCGAUCAUUGCCAUCAUUGCAAUGUAGGGUCAAUUGAAAUUAGUCUACAGUCCCUUUAAUUAAUUUUAUCUGAUAGCCGCAAAUAAUAUUUUUUUACUUACUUUUAGAAACUUCAAUCUUUUUUUUCUUUAUCAUCAUAUUAGGGUUUGUUUAUAAUAUUAAACUGUGAUGUAUUACAAUCAGGAACCAGGCCUAUCUAAAUAUACUUUGUUUGUCCGUUUGCGUGUCCAAUAGACGACAAUUAACAACUGAAACGAUCGGGCAAAAUUUUUUGCGUAAAUGACUAGAGAAAUGUUACGGAUGGUAAAGAUGAAAAAAUGUUCCCGAAAAAAAUGCCAACAUUUAUUGUUGUUGAAAAUGCGCCAAUUUUGAAAACGAAAUACCCGAAAAAAGAAGCAAUUAAAAGAUAAAAUUGUUAAUGUAAAUAAACAUCGAUUAGAAACAGUUAUUUUACAUGCCAGAUCCGUUCUAUCCUGUUUCCAAUCGUUUACAGUUUUGGAUACAACUUGUUCCUGUGGUUUUAAUAUGUGUAUAGAAAUCCUUCCACCAUAGAAUAGGUCUAACACCAACCCCCUCUCCCCUCCCUCCCCUCCCUUCCCUCCCUCCCCUCCCUUUGAUUGAAGAGUAGUUUUUUUUCUUAAUGGUUUAACUAUCAGACAGUUUUAAAGUAGAACCAAUUUAUUCAUAUAAUUCUAUUCGAAUCUGAAUAAAGAUAAACCUAAACUAAAUUUUACUGCAUACAUAUAUGAUAUCAUUCAUUCUGGAUUUAACUUUUGGGUUUUAAUGCAAUUAAUGAUAAUUUAAAAAUUUAGAUUAUCUGAAAACUAACUUUUUCUUAAUUACAAUUUAAUCAUGAACAAUAUACAAUGAAAAUCUUAGAUAGAACAAAUAAUGACUUAUUUUCUAAAAAGAAAUGUUUUAAACAAACACUUUUGUAUACGAUUCUUCUGCUUAUACCCAAACUUUAUUCAC